AUGAGUGAAGUUGAAAGUGAACAUGAUACUGAUUCAAGUGACGAAGAAGUGGCAGAAGAGCAGUUAGGUAAACGUGAAAGUGUUGUUGAUGGUUCAACUGUAGACAUCAGUUCGACAACAACAGAUCUCGUCAAUGAACUGAACACAAAGCCUAUCACAGCAUCUAGCCUAGACCAAACAUCUCAGGCAAAACGGAGUGGUGCUGAAGUUUCAGAUCUAACUGAAGAUUUCUUAGCAGAAUUAAAACAAGCUGGUCAUCAGGCAGUUUCCAGUCAAUACCAACAGAACAAAAUGGAACCAUGGCAACUUUAUUUGCAUCAGCAAAAAACAGCCGUUUCUCAGACGUAUCAAGACCCAACAGACGGAACAGUCUACGAGUUUGAUGCUGAAAAAAGAGCUUGGUUUCCUAAGGUAGAUGAGGAUUUUAUCGCAGCCUAUCAAGCAAACUACGGCUUUACUGAGACUGGAGAGCCAUUACCACCAGAAGAGCUAGCAAAGAAACAAGAAGAGGCAAAUGAUUCUGCAGACAAGACAAUCAGUGAAAACAAGGUAGCAGGUCAAAAGCGUAAAGCCAUGGAACCUGCAUGGUUUGAAAUUGACCCGGAUAAGAACCCCAAUGUUUAUGUCUCUGGACUUCCAGUCGACAUAACUGAACAAGAGUUUUCAGAACUGAUGGGGAAAUGUGGUAUAAUAAUGGAAGAUCAAGAUACAAGUAAUUUAAAAAUAAAACUUUAUAAAGAUAAACAAGGAAAAAACAAAGGCGACGGAAGAUGCUGCUAUUUGCGGGCCGAAUCUGUUCCUUUGGCUUUGCAACUUUUAGAUGAAUCAGAAUUCAAAGGUCAUACGAUACACGUGGAGCAGGCAGUAUUUCAGCAGAAGGGAAAAUUUGACCCGUCUUUAAAACCAAAAAAAAAGAAAAAAAAGAAAAAGAAACAAGCUGGACAAGAAAAAUUGCUUGACUGGGUUGACAGAGACUCAAAGCGAAGCAAAUUUGAUCGAAUUGUUAUCCUGAAACAUAUGUUUAACGACAAGGAAUUCGAGAAAGAGCCACAACUUAUUAUUGACUUGCGUGAAGAAAUAUCCUCGGAGUGUGAAAAGUUUGGCACUGUUAAGAAAGUGUUGAUUUUUGACAGGCAUCCAGACGGAGUUUGUUCUGUCCUCUUCCAAGAGCCCGAAAUGGCCGAUGCCUGUAUUGAGGCUUUAAACGAUCGAUGGUUUGGAGGGCACAAAAUCACCGCAGAAACCUAUGAUGGUGCUACUGAUUAUCAGGUGAAAGAAACAGAUGAAGAAAGAGAUAAAAGAAUUAAAGAAUGGGAAGACUUUCUUGCUCAUGAGUCUUUUGGAAACGAAAUUCAAGCGACCAAGGCGCAAGAAUUGAAAACAGCGGCGGAGCAAGCGCAAACUACUGACCUGGGGAUGGUAUAACCAGCAAAGUUUACGCUGUGCAUCGCUUAGACUCAGGAUCAGAGCUGUAAAGACGUCUGUAAAUUGGAUUCAGUGGAGGGAUUACCUUACAACUGCUUUUCACCUUGAAAGAUUGAUGAACCAUUUUAACCUUGAAUUUACAAGGCAAGUUUUUCGAAUCCAUAUCAUCGACACAGAAUUAUGAUUUCUUGCAGAAAGUAUCUGUUUUCUAGCCAAUGGUACUUCUCUGGAUUGUUUUUGAGUAUGUAUAUAAUCGCUGAAAACGCAAAUCGAUAAUGCUGAACCGAA